AUGCCGGCCAUUUUCUCGGUCGCUCUCGCUCCGGCCCUCCAUGACCUCCUACGGGAGCCUAGCUCCACUGAGCAAGUGCUAGCAUACUUCGAUGAUGUCUACAUCCUUGCCUCACCCGACCGGGUCGCAUUGCUCUACGGCCGUCUCGAGGACCUAAUCUGGCAACGGGCCCGACUGCGCUUGAAUGCCUCCAAGACUCGUGUGUGGAAUGCGGCCGGCGUCCUGCCUGAUGCAGUCCCGCAACUCGCGCCUGACUCGGCAGUGUGGGUUGGUGAUCCUGCAUUGAUCCCGGAACAGCGUGGCCUGCAGUAUGCGCUAAGGUCAUCCCCACCUGAAGCUACGAGGGCCUUCGCUACCGCCCACGAUGAUGCCGUGUUCGGUUGCCCUGACACGCUGCUGUCCACUGGGGCCCCGAGCGGGCCACCCUUGCUUGCCACUGCUCGGGCCCAGCUUGCUCUGCGCCAUGGGGGCAUGGGACGUCGCUGCUGCCCGUGCCUUCGCGACCGGCCUCCUUUCCCUGCCGCUUUCCGGACGGAGAUGCUUGGUGCUGGACGGCCUGCACAGGGACUGUGGAGACAGCAAAAAGAUGUGUAG